UCCAUCCUUUAUUCAGGCCUUUUCUCCAAAUUCACCUUCUUCCACUCUCACCCUCGCGGUUCAGACCAUUCUCCUCUGAGCUUUCUUCUAUGUCAUCAAUGGCGUUGUACUCUUCAACACCACAUUUUCCUUCUCUCUCUCCUUACUCCAAGACCCAUCUCCCAAUCCACUCAUUUCUCUCUCUAAACCCCAAAAGAGACCUCCUUUUCGUCUCAGUUAGAGCUAUUGAAAAUGGGUCUGGAUUCGCCAUUGUUGAAAACGAGAAGAAAGACUCUGAACCAGAGGAGGAUCCGCUCGGAAACGGAGGUCCAACGGCGGCUUCCCUGGAGGAUGCGGCGGUGAAAUUCGAAGAUCCCAAAUGGGUUUCUGGGACUUGGGAUUUGAAGCAGUUUCAGAACGGUGGAGCUACUGAUUGGGAUGCUGUUAUUGAUGCUGAGGUUAAAAGGAGGAAAUGGCUCGAAAUCAACCCCGAAUCGUCCAAUAACGACUUCCCUGUAGUUUUCGACACCUCCAUUAUUCCUUGGUGGGCAUGGAUGAAGAGGUUUCAUCUCCCUGAAGCUGAACUACUCAAUGGUCGGGCUGCGAUGAUAGGGUUCUUCAUGGCUUACUUUGUUGAUAGCUUAACUGGGGUUGGUCUAGUUGAUCAAACGGGGAAUUUCUUAUGUAAAACACUUCUUUUUGUAGCAGUUUCUGGUGUUUUGCUUAUUCGAAAGAACGAAGAUUUGGAUAAUUUGAAAAAACUGGUUGAAGAGACUACGUAUUACGACAAACAGUGGCAAGCGACUUGGCAGGAGCAGAAGAAAGAAUGAUCGAUAAAACAAGCCUCCGAGCCUUUCGUUUCAAGAAAAUGAUCCAAAUUUGUUGGUCAAGAAUCAAGAUUUCUGCCUUUUUAAAGUUGAAUUGUGCAGGUUUAAUUUGUUAGAAAUUUGGAUCACAUCUCAAGUUCUAUAAACAUGAAAGUCUCCUUUGACAAGUAAUAAACUAGUCUUUGAAUCGUAGACC